AUGCCGACUGCUUUUGUACAACCCCAGCCUGGCCCACCAUCCGUCACCAACUGGCGUCCCACAUCUGUUGAGCCCAGUUUUGACGAAUAUCAAAUUGUGCCCGGACACUUUUUUAAUCUCAACUUUUCCAUGAUUUUGCCAUGGACAGCCAGUUUGUCUGUUCUGAAUAAAUUUUGCCUCACCCAUUUGGUCAUCUGUCAUUUCCAGACGUUGUUAACAUGUCUUCGAUUGUCACUUCUGCCCUCCGGUCUGGCCAACUGCGCCCCUGCCUGUUUUCGCCCUCCAUUUGCACUCCCACUCCGUCUGGCAUGCAGGCUCGUGGCUCAUUCGGCCGUUGAGAUGUGCACUCUCCGCCCACUUUUCUCCGUCAUCCAAAUGAUUUCAUUCACAGCCGCAUAA